UGUGAGAUACGAGACUCCAACAACCAGCCUCUGCACCUGAUCAGCUCCUCAGACAAACACGGCUCAGACCUGCUCAAAGUGGAGUACACCAAAGCUGAUAUCAACGGUCCUAAUUUCCAGACAACGUUUGACAACACUGAGCAAAACCUGAAGGUGGAGUUGUCGUCUCUAGACUUUCUCCUCCACACCAAAGCGCUCCUCUCCACCAUCAACUAUCUGAACACAGCCGUACCCCAGGAGCUGACAGCCUCCAAGGACAGAGAGGCCAAGAAACAGGUGGAGAAGGCUGGACAGGGGAAGACAGUGUCGAAAGGACCAACAAACAGCAAUGUGUUCACCUUCAAACUGUCUGCUGAACUGGGUUCCUUCCGUGUGGAGGUGUGUGAUGACCAGAACAUCGCUGACAUCACAAUACAAGGUAUUGAUGGGUCGGUGCUGGUCCAGGCCAAAGAGACAAUGGUGUUCGCCAGGCUCAGGGACAUAGUGGUGCUGGAUGUCGACCCCAAAACCAUCCACAAAAAGGCCGUCUCCAUGGUGGGCGAGGAGGUGUUCAGCUUUCAGAUGUCCCUGUAUCCCAACGCUACGGAGGGAGAGGGUUACUCAGACACCUCCAAGGUGGACGGGAAGGUUACCAUGAGGCUGGGCUGCAUCCAGAUCGUCUAUCUGCACAAGUUCCUCAUGUCUCUACUGACUUUUCUGGAUAACUUCCAGACGGCCAAAGAGGCGUUGACUGUGGCCACGGCCCACGCAGCAGAGAAGGCGGCCUCCAGCGUCAGAGACUUUGCCCAGAAGAGCUUCCGUCUCUCCAUGGACGUCAAGCUGAAGGCCCCUCUCAUCGUCGUCCCUCAGUCCUCCACCUCACACAAUGCGUUUGUGGUGGACCUGGGGCUCAUCACCGUGGGCAACAGUUUCAGUCUGAUGUCGGCUGAAGGGUUCUCGCUCCCCGUUGUGUUGGACACCAUGGAUGUCAAACUCACUCAGCUCAAACUGUCCAGGACCACGCUGAAACAAGGCUCCCCACAGACAGACAUCGAGAUCCUUCAGCCAAUCAAUUUAGAGUUUCUGGUCAAACGGAACCUGGCCUCUUCCUGGUACAACAAGAUCCCUGGAGUAGAGGUUCAAGGAAUGCUCAAGUCUAUGAAUAUGGCUCUCGGUCAGGAGGACUUUGGUGUCCUGAUGAAGACACUGAGGAGAACAUCGGAGAGGGCAGCAAACAGAGCACGUCCUGGAUGUGGGAUGUCUCCUGUGGAGGCUGGAGGAGGAGGAGGAGGAGGACAGCCUGCUGCUGUUACCAAUGCAGGAGGACUGGGAGAAAACAUCGUCAAUAUGCUGCUCAACCUGGAGAUUAAGGAGGUGGUUGUGAAGCUGAAGAAGUCCAGGUCAGAUCAGAAGGAGAGUCCGUUCCUGGUUCUCCACGUAGCCCAGCUGGGCAUCCACACCAAUGUCAGGCAGUACGACAUGGUGGCCACAACGUACAUCAAGAAAAUCUCUAUGAAGUGCCUGGAGUUCUCAGAUUCCAACGGUGAACCACUGUGUCUGAUCAGUUCCUCUGUGGAGUCAGGUGCUGACCUCCUCAAAGUGGAAUACUUCAAGGCUGACAGAAACAGGCCAAACUUUGCCACUGUUCACAAGAAUACUGAGCAGAUGAUCAACGUGACCUUCACCUCCCUGGAUCUACUGCUUCACACGGAGGCUCUCCUCUCCACCAUAGACUUCCUGUCUUCUGCCCUGUCCUCCGGCAGCCUGCCCCCUUCACCAGAGGAGCCUAAGCAGAAGUCUGAGGAGAGCAGCAGGGCCAUCUCCGCCAAGUCAACGGCUCUAGGUUCUCCGUCGGACGGUGACGUCGUCGACCUGAAGGUGAUGAUGCGGCUGGGGGCGUUCAACGUCCUAGUGUGUGAUCAGAACUGCAACAUGGCUGACAUCAAGAUACAAGGUUUCAAUGGAUCCCUCCUGAUGCAAGGGCCUCAAACCCACAUCUCUGCCCGCCUUCGGGAUUUCAUCGUCAUUAAUGUUGACCCAAAAGCCAUCUCUAUCGUAGGAGACGAGGUGUUUAGUUUCAGUAUGAGUCUGACCCCCAAGGCGACAGAGGGUGCCGGCUACGCAGACACCUCCAAGACGGACGGGAAGGUCCAGCUCAACGUGGGCUGUGUCCAAGUCGUCUACCUCCACAAGUUUGUCAUGUCUUUGUUGAAUUUCAGCAACAAUUUCCAGACGGCCAAAGACGCUUUGAGUGUGGCCACGGCCCAGGCAGCAGAGAAGGCGGCCUCCAGCAUCAGGGACUUUGCCCAGAAGAGCUUCCGUCUCUCCAUGGACAUCAGGCUGAAGGCCCCUCUCAUCAUCAUCCCUCAGUCCUCCACCUCACACAAUGCACUGGAGGUGGACCUGGGGCUCAUCACCGUGGGCAACAGCUUCUCUCUUCUUGCUGUGGAGGGAUGUCCACUUCCUGCUGUCAUUGACCACAUGGACGUACAGCUCACACAGCUCAAACUGUCCAGGAUUUACAUGGAACAAGACUCUCAGCCCAGUACUGAGCUGCUGGAGCCUGUCAACCUGCUCCUAACAGUGAAGAGGAACCUGGCUGCAGCAUGGUACCAGAAGAUGGCCGCCGUAGAGGUAGAGGGAGACCUCAAGCCCAUGAAGGUUGCCCUGAGUCAGGACGACCUAACAGUUCUGUUGAGGAUCCUGAUGGAGAACAUUGGAGAAGCCAGCGGUCUGCAGCCAGACCAACACCCUAGCCCCGACACGACAGCCCUGACACACAAGACCACGCCGAUGCUCAAAACAGACUACGCCAAAGACGGUGUAGAGAACACGGUUGAACUUCCAGAACGACAGGAAGAAGAGGAACCCCUCGAAACCAUGACGUUUAUCUUCAACAUAGAGUCCCUGGGACUGGUCCUGUACAGCAAUGACCCGAAACAGGUAUCGGCUGUGUCUCAACACCAGGAGAGGCUGUGUCUGGGGGAGUUGACCUUUCACCUGAUGAAGGCUUCAGGGAAGAUGUUUAAUAACGGGUCCAUGGAGGUCUCUACCAUCCUCACAGCCUGCACCCUGGACGACAUGAGGACAGGCGUACAGAGAGUUACCUCACGGAUGCUGGGUAAGCGUGACGAGGCGAGCGAGGAAGCCAUGAUAGACGUGGCGUACACGCAGAGCGCCGGCGAGCGCCAGGUGGUGGCGGUGGUACAGAAGCUCUAUCUGUGUGCCAGCGUUGAGUUUCUCAUGGCAGUGGCAGACUUCUUCAUCCAGGCCCUGCCCCAGAGCUCCGCCCAGGACGUGCCCACUAACACCAAGCUAGCCCUGCCAGGCCUGGCCAAGACCUCCCAGCCACCCCAGCUUCGGGAUAGAGCCAACACUGACCCCAGAACAGGCUCCAGUCCCAGGACCAAGCUGCGUGCAGUCAUACUAGACCCAGAGGUGGUGUUUGUGGCUAACCUGAUGAGAGCCGACGCUCCGGCGCUGGUUGCCUCCUUCCAAUGUGACUUCAGUCUGAUGCUAGAGCCUGGGGGAGGGCCCCUUGGGGGAGGGCCCCCUGGGGGAGGGCCCGGGGCCCCUGGGGGACAAAGCAUGACGGCCAACCUCAGAGAGCUCAAAGUUCUGGCCUGUCCCUUCAUCAGGACCAAUGAGACCAAGGUGGUCACUACGGUGCUACGUCCGUGUUCUGUCUUCCUGGAAACCAAAACCCACCCCAACCAACCGCUUUCCGGCUGUGUGACUGUGGAGGAAGUCAUUAUCAAAAUCUCCCCUGUCAUCCUGAACACAGUGAGGACCAUCACGGCAGCCAUGACGGCGAAGCCCAAAGACGAGGCAGCAGAGGAGGAGAAGACCGAGGUCGGCAACCUGUGGUCCACCAUGAACAUCUACGCCUGCAACUACUGGUUCCUGGGAGUGGACUCUGCCAGCGAGGUGACGGAGAGUUUCAGUGACCAGGACGGCCGUAACUUUGGGGAGAGUUUCAAGGUGGAUGUGAAGGUUAUUCAGGUGACCAUGGAGUCUGGUCUGGGCCACAGGACGGUCCCCCUGCUGCUGGCUGAGAGCUCUCUGUCUGGGACGGCCAAGAACUGGUCCUCCCUCCUCUACCUCUGCUCUGACAUGACCCUGGAGGUGAACUACUUCAAUGAGACCCAUGCUGUCUGGGAACCGCUGAUAGAGAGAGUGGAGGACGGCAAACGCAGGUGGAACCUCAAGCUAGAGAUGAAGAACAGCCCUGUGCAGGAUAAGAGCCCUGUUCCCGGGGAUGACUUCGUAGUUCUCCCCGAGCCACGCACCGCCAUCAACAUCUGUUCCAAAGACACCAUGAACAUUACCGUCUCUAAGUGCUGUCUCAAUGUGUUAACCAACCUGGCCAAGGCAUUCUCUGAGGGCACAGCCUCUACCUUUGACCACAGUCUGAAGGAGAAGGCCCCCUUCACCAUCCGCAAUGCGCUGGGCAUCCCUCUCACCGUGCAGCACAGUGCCAACCUGCGGGUGGUGGCCUCCCCCGGGCAGGGCAAGCUCCACGAGGUGGGGGUAGGGCAGAGCGUGGACCUGGAGUACUCUGGGUCAGGCACCUCGACACGGGGCAAAGUGUCUGCUUUGCAACGACAGGAGAGCUGCCUCUUCAACCUCAGCAUCGCUCCUACAGGUUACAGUGAGAUCUCCAACAUGGCGGUGGACCAGCCUGGCAGGAGGCUGUAUAACGUGAGAGAUCCCCUGCUGCAGGAGAACGUGUCUGUGUUGGUACAGACUGACGCCUCGGAAGGAAACAAGGUCAUCACCGUCCGUUCUCCGCUACAGAUCCAGAACCAUUUCUCAGUGCCGUUUACCAUCCUGAAGUAUUGUCCCAAAUCCAGAGGGAUGGUUAAUAUAGGACUGGCAGAGCCCGAGAAAGAGUCUGAUGUCGCCCUGGACUCCUACAGGUGUCAGCUCUUCCUCCAGCCAGCCGGGCGCCUAGAGGGCCAGUACGGCCCGUCGUCUACCUGUAUCGCCUGGAAGGAGCAGGUCCACCUGAGCUCUGAGGUGCGGUCCCUCCUCCAGUGUCCGUCGGCAGACAGCAGCUUCCUUCCCCUCCAGGUGACCACCUUGGCCACACCAGAUCACCUGUCCUUCAUUUCCUCCCAGCGAGAGGACGACUGGGACCCUGCCUACGUCAUCCACCUCCACCCAGCUGUGACCCUCCGGAACCUUCUGCCUUACAGCAUCAGAUAUCUACUGGAGGGCUCAGCAGAGUUCCUUGAGCUCCAGGAGGGCAGCACGGCAGACGUCCUGAACGCCCGUAUAGGAGGUGAGAUCAUGGAGAUGGUCCUGGUUAAAUACCAGGGUCGGAACUGGUCCGGACGUAUCCGUAUCGCCCAGGACAUGCAGGAGUUCUUCCCCGUGUGCUUCACCUGCGACUCGGCCCAGGAGCUGAGCGUGGACCUGAGCGUGCACGUGGCGCGGCUGCAUGGGCGUCUGACGCUGGCUGUGUUUAGCCCGUACUGGAUCGUCAAUAAGACGUCCAGGGUUCUGCAGUACCGCGCGGAGGACGUCUCCGUCAAACACGCGUCGGACUUCAGGGACGUCGUCCUCUUCUCCUUCAAGAAAAAGAACAUCUUCAGCAAGAACAAGCUGCAGCUCUGUGUGUCCACCAGUUCCUGGUCUGAUGGCUUCUCAUUGGAUACGGUGGGGAGUUAUGGGUGUGUCAGAUGCCCUGCCAACACCAUGGACUAUCUGGUUGGCGUCAGCAUUCAGAUGAGUAGUUUCAACCUGACCAAGAUGGUGACCAUGAGUCCGUUCUUCACGCUGGUCAACAAGUCUUCCUACGAGCUGGAGGUGGGAGAGGUGCAGACAGAGGAGGGCAGUGUCAACGGGAAGUGGCACUACAUCUCCUCUACAGAGUGCCUCCCCCUCUGGCCAGAGUUGAUCACAGAGCUGUGUGUCAGGGUCGUGGGCUCAGACUCCAAGUCCAAGUCCUUCUUCUUCAACAAACAGGACAACGGCACCCUGCUGGGCAUGGAUCAGUAUGGAGGUGUUAUCGUCGACGUGAACAUCUCAGACAACUCUACUGUGAUCAGCUUCACUGACUAUUAUGAUGGAGCUGCUCCAGCUCUCCUAGUCAACCACACACCCUGGGUUACCAUCACCUACAGACAGAGCGGUUCCACAGAGAGCAGAGCGCUGAAUCCGGGAGAAGCCCAGAGGUUUGCCUGGGACAACCCUGCAGGGGUCCGCAAACUCAGCUGGAAGUGUCAGGAGCACAGCAGUGGAGACCUGGACCUGGUUAAGGAUGAGUGUGGUCAGUUUGCCUACGACGGUCUAUCCCAGGUCCACUGGGUGUCCUUCCUGAAUGGUCGCCAGCGCGUGCUGCUCUUCACCGAGGACGUUGCCGUGGUGACCAAGGCGCGGCAGGCGGAGGAGCUGGAGCAGUUCCAACAGGAAGUGAACGUGUCGCUGCAGAACCUUGGCCUGUCACUCGUCAACAACGACAACCGCCAGGAGAUCGCAUAUGUCGGCAUCACCAGCUCUGGUGUGGUGUGGGAGAUGAGACCUAAGAGCCGAUGGAAGCCUUUCAACCAGAGGAACAUCAGGCUGUUGGAGAAGGCCUACCAGAAACACCUGGCUGGAGGCACACCUGAACCCGGCUGGGUCAAACUGGAGACCAACUUAGAGGUGAACUUUGGGAAGGUUCCCAUGGUGAUGCGUCAGCCCUUUUCCAGUAGUAUCAGGAGGAACUUCCUGUCUGGGAUUCAGGUGGAGUUCAAACAGUCGCCUCAUCAGAGAAGUCUCCGGGCCCAGCUACACUGGCUCCAGGUGGACAACCAGCUGACUGGAGCUUUAUUCCCCAUUGUGUUCCACCCUGUUCCUCCUCCAAAGUCCAUCGCUCUGGACUCAGAACCAAAGCCUUUUAUGGACGUCAGCAUCAUCACCAGGUUUAACCAACACAGUCAGGUCACGCAGUUCAAGUACUUCAUGGUUCUGGUCCAGGAGAUGGCUGUGAAGAUUGACCAGGGAUUCCUGGGAGCCAUCUUGGCCCUGUUCACCCCAGCUGCCGAAUCGCAUGUGGACAAACAGAAGACCAAGCUGAUAGAGAAGGACUUGGCGAUGUUACAGGCUGAAUUAAUGGAGGCGUCCAUGACCGACAACUCAGGCCUCAGCUUCUUUGAAUACUUCCACAUCUCCCCCAUCAAACUACACCUCAGUCUGUCUCUGGGCUCUAGUGGAGACGAGUCUGGUCAACAGGAGAUGAUGGCCAUCCAGUCAGUCAACCUUCUGUUGAAGAGUCUUGGAGCGACACUGACCGACGUAGACGACCUCAUCUUCAAACUUGCCUACUAUGAGGUGAACUACCAGUUCUACAGGACAGAGAAGCUGAUGUGGGCUGUGGUUAGACAUUACAGUGAGCAGUUCCUGAAACAGAUGUAUGUGUUGGUGCUGGGCCUGGAUGUCCUGGGGAACCCGUUCGGCCUGAUCAGAGGCCUGUCUGAAGGAGUGGAGGCCUUCUUCUACGAGCCCUUCCAGGGAGCGGUUCAGGGACCUGAGGAGUUCGCUGAGGGCUUUGUGAUCGGAGUACGCAGUCUACUGGGUCACACUGUCGGUGGCGCUGCAGGCAUGGUGUCCCGUAUUACGGGGUCAGUGGGUAAAGGACUGGCUGCCAUCACCAUGGAUAAAGAGUACCAGCAAAAAAGACGGGAGGAGAUGAACAGACCACCCAGAGACUUUGGAGAGAGUCUGGCCAAGGGAGGCAUGGGAUUCUUUAAGGGGGUCGUCGGCGGGGUAACAGGCAUCGUCACCAAACCUGUGGAAGGGGCCAAGAAGGAGGGAGCGGCGGGGUUCUUCAAGGGCAUAGGGAAGGGUCUGGUGGGGGUGGUGGCCAGGCCGACAGGGGGCAUCGUAGACAUGGCCUCCAGCACCUUCCAAGGCAUACAGAGGGUGGCAGAGUCGACAGAGGAAGUGACCAAGCUGAGGCCGGUCAGACUGAUCCGAGAGGAUGGAAUCAUCAGACCUUACGACCAGGAGGACGCCAAGGGAUACGACCUUUUCCAGAGGUCAGAGAUCAAGCAGCUGGAAGGAGAGAUCUUCAGAGAACACUGUUUGUACCCUGGACACAGGAAGACCAACGUCAUAGUGACCAACAGGAGAGUGAUGUGUGUGAAGGAGGUGGAGUUUGUGGGACACUUCAACAAGGAAUGGGAGUGUCUGUUUGAGCAUUUCUCAAGGCCUCCGUACGUGGAAGGAGGAGACCUGAUGAUCUACUGCAAGGAACAGAACAAGCUGAAGUUUCAAAAGAGAGAUGGACAGGAACCCAUGAGAGUGCUGCACCUCAAGAACCCUGCCACUGCCCAGAAACUGUGUGAGGCCAUAGAGCAGGCCCAGUCGGCCCAGAGGCAGCAUCGGAUGGUGAAGCAAAAAUCACAGCGCUUUCUCAAACUGGGAGACAGGUGUUGAUGUCAUCGCCGGCCCGGCAUGAUGUCAUGGUUACCCAGAAUGAUGUCAUGGUUACCCAGCCUGAUGUGAUCACUACUCAGUAGGUGAUCACCACCCAGAAUGUGCCACCCAGCCCAACACACUGCUACUGUACUGCCCAGCCCAACACACUGCUACUGUACUGCCCAGCCCAACACACUGCUACAGUACUGCCCAACACACUGCUACAGUACUGCCCAACACA